AUGCUUGAUGACGAUUUGUCACAAUUAAGGCUCGCCAGACGCCUCAUUUCAUUCAAUUCGAAGAUCGCCACCACUCACAUGCUCGGCUCGCCACGGGAUGAGUACGGAGACGAGGCCAAACCCGAAAACAAGGAAGUAAACAAAGAAGGUGACGACGACGAAAACGAAUGCGGAGACCAAUACAAAAAGGAAUACGAAUACGAAGACGAAGACGAACCAGUAGAAGAGGACGAACACGAACGCGAAGGGCAUUUUUGUUUCCCUUCAAUACUGAACAUAUUUUAUGCGUUGAGUUUUAAUGAACAUUUUUUUUUUGCUUUUUCUCUUCAUUUACAGGUGAAGCUGGUCGAUGUGGAAAAGGUGGAAUGGUUGAAUAGGCGUUCAUACAGCGCCAUCGGUUUGCUAUUGGGUCGUGAGGGACGCAUUUUAUUGCGCUGCGAUAACGGCUUGGAAGACUGGUUCGAGUUGUUGGAGGAAUGCACUCUCUUCUCGAAGCAACGCCGCCAUGCUCUCAAGAUCGCACAAGGUCCACGUUCGCGCGCCUCCCUCGCCGCACCAGUCUCACACGCGGCGCUCGAAUCACAACACUUCGGUUUGGGCAGCAGCUAUUCUAGCGCUCUGGAAGAUUGGCUCAUGACAAAUGGUAGCGGCAUGGGUGGACGCAACAAAAUUGCUACUGGCUGUGGUUUUGGCGGCAAUGGCACCAAUCCAUUCCUCUUCUCCGACUCUGUGCCGGACUUGAGCGCACUUAACAACGAUCAUCAUCAACGCAUCUCUGGCUAUUCAACCAAUCAUUCCACACCACAAAAGAUACCCUAUUCGCGUCAAAGUGAGAAUGCUAAUCAAAGCCGUUAUUCGAAUGGUUACGCCUCGCAGAAUAGCUCAUUCAACAAUUGUCCAGCUGUUGGCGGAGCCUACGAUUCACCACGACGCAUUUUCAUUAACAAAGAUUUCACAUCAAAUCAAGUGGUCGACGAGGAGGCCGAUGAUGAUGAGAAAGUUGAGCUGCGACGUCCACAGGCCUACAACGGCAGCGGUGCCGCCCAUAAGGUCAACAAUGACAACAACGAUUUGGAGAAUGGCAAUGUGGUGGAUGGUGAAUGGUUGUAUCGCAAGCCAAGAGCACCAACCGACAUGCGGCAUUCGGUACAACCAAUGCUGCCCACCAAUAACAAUUACAACAACGCAAAGAGCUCAUCAAAGAUUCCUGUAACCGACUUAGAUCACUCAGCCCAUGAUAGCGGCCUCGAUACACCACCGUCCACAAAUCAACGUCCAUCCAGUUAUCGUGAGAUUAUCACACGCACGCCUGUACGCGAAGCCAUCAACGAAUCCGUGGUCCGUUCAUCACAUGGCAAUUUACUCAAUGGCAGUUUUCGUGCCAAGCAAAUAACUCAUCUUACGAAUAAUAUGAAUCAGGUGAAUGCGCUGCAUAGCUCUCAUCUGAGCGUGCAGGAACGCAUUCUACAAAUGCGCAACGAAGAGAAUCGCUGGGGUUCGCUGAAGUCCGAAGCUAAUCGCUACAGUCACAAUGCUCUCUACGAUCAGAAUAAGAAUCCCUACCCGGAGAGCGUCAAUCAAUCGCCACAACGCACUCCUUUCAAGAAGCACUCGCUCAUCGGUUACGGUCGUUCAAUUAGUCACGACACUAACGGCACAAUGAACGGUAAUUCACAGAUGAAGGGUUCGUCCAUAUUGCGUGAGCGUUUUCAGCAUCCCGCUUUGGCGGCAAUCAAAGCUUUUUACUGAUAAAUAAUUAAUAACGAUUAUUUUCUAUCACAAUAGCAUUAUUAUUACUAAAUACUUAUACACAUGCAUGCAUGUUAGUAUGUAUGCGUUCGGUAAAAAAAAUACAUAUAUGUAUUAGCUAAAUACUCGUAGUGAAAGCUUAAAAAAUUAAAGUAAUUGGAAAAAAUGAAUUCAAAUCGCACAGGGUGUUUAUAAUUUGCGUUUAAUAGUAGAAUUGCUGAUUUAAUAUACGAGAAGUAUUUUUCUGUGAUAGUUGUCAGCGAUAUUAGAACGAAGACGAUUUGUUUUUUUUUUUUUUUCUUUUAAAUAGUAUGCCAAAAAUUAAAAUAAACGCAUCAUAUUACGAUUAAACUUGAUAUUAAAUGAAUAAAAAGCUAUCGAAAAAUAUUAGAUAUACGAAAC